GCAUCAGGUGACAUCUCCUUUGACGCCAAGGCCAAGGAGAAUCGAAACACAGCGGUGAAGUUUUUGAAGUCAGUCACUGCUUGCACCAGCUGGGGACAGAAAGGUCAUUGGGUUGGAGAUGAUGCAUGUCCAAACACCCGCAAGAAGAAGAUGCCCAAGACCGGUCCGUCACCUCACAAGAAGAAGUCCGACGGCAAGACCACCUUCUUUGUCUUGCACGAGGGCUUGGAGUCCGACGAUGAGAAGGACAUCAAUGCGACUUUCACUGGCCUUGCAUCCACUGAGAAUGACGUGGCCUCAGAGUACCACAAAGCCCCUGUCGAGCAUGAGGUCUCAUCGAAUGCCUCAGUCUCCAAGUAUGACCAGAUGCCAAAGAACCUCAACUCCUCCGAGUAUGAGCAAGUCCCUGCGGACGAGAAGACUCCCAAGUAUGCGCCAGGCAUCUUUUUGGAUGAGCCCAAUGACAAGCAUGAACCAGCAUUUGCUCCUACUGGUUCUGGCAACCACAUCCAGGACAAGAACACCAUCGAGCGCAUCUACAAGGACGAUGGGCUUGCACCUGGAGCAUGUUUCACCUACAUUUCUCCUCCAGCGCAUGAAGUGCUGAUGGUGCUGAAAGACACCCAGCUUUGCGAGCACAGCUCCUAUUUUGGUGGAAAUGAACGUGAAUUCCAUCGAGGAGCCAACGGUCACACCCGUCACGUGACCUGCAAGGACAAGGAUUGCAACCAGACCAUCAUCGUCGCCAAGAGGAAGGACGCCGCUCAGCUAUGGUGCUACCUGGUGCAGAUUGCUCUGUGCACCAGAUGGGGAUCAGCAGCUCGAUCUCGUGAGCUCUUUGCAAGUGUCUGUCGGGUACGUGAUCAAGCCCUAAAGGAUGAUGAAGAUCGACGAGCUCUACAGCCUCCCCGCGGCUAUCCUCGCGCACCGACAACACCUGCCAGCCGCAGGUCAAAGGAGACUUCAUCACCUUCCUCACCGUCAACGGCAAGAAUCAUCCGACCUGAUGCACAGCAAGAGCCUCGUUUUUUGGGCCUAUGGAGUGCAGAUCUCACCAUAGAUCUCCCUGCGUUUCCGCCCUUGGCAGAGGACGACUAUGAUGUGCUGCAACCCCUUCCGAGUGACGCUGCAAUCUUUGGUCCCGGAACUCCAUAUGAAGGAUACACCUACAUUCAGAUCGCUUCCUCCGUUGAGGCGUCAGUGUACUGCCAUCAGACCUUGAGAAUCAUGUUCGCGGAGACCUACCGCUUCGCCUUCUACCUGUUUGGGCGUGUCCGUCUCCUACAUGGAUGUGCUAUGAGGACAUGGAAGGCUGGCAUCACUUCUCCCUUGAAGAGGACCACUGAUCCCGACGACAUGGUGGCCCACAGGGCAUCCCGAGUCAUCUCCGAGAUGGUACAACCUCAUGACUUUGAGGUGCUCAUGGUCAACCAGGACAUCAGCGAUCAUGAACGACUUGAUCUUGAGACAACCUACACCACGAGCUCCCAGGAUCCACCUGGACUUGCCAUCCUAGACUCAGGAUGUACCCGAACCAUGCAUGGCACCGAUUGGGCAAAAGCGUUCGAAGAAGAGCUCGAGAAGCUCAACUUGUCACCACGCAGACGCCUCAAGAAGCAGUCGUUCAAGGGUGUUGGAGGCCAAAUCGCAAGUGACACUGUCAAGAUCUUUCCGGUCGGCAUCAACAAGGUCAAUGGUGAGCUGCACAGCGCUGAAGCUCCAGGCAGCCUUCCUCUUCUACUAUCACGACCCUUCAUGGAGGAGCUGCAGACCGUGAUCAACAUUGGCGCACGCACCGUGAGUUUCAACAAGAUUGGUGUCACUGACCUCCCACUGGUCAAGACCUCGCGUGGUCAUUUGGCAGUGAGCCUCCUGGACUUUGACAUGGACUCUCUUCAAGAUUGUUCCCCAGAACAUGCAACCGAGCCAGAGGAGACGCUCACAGUACAGGAGAUCGACUACAACCCUCCCACUCAGUCCGAGUUCGCUGAGGCCAAUGACUCCGACAUGGUCCAUGACUACCACGGCAUGAACCCCGACGACUACCACCAGUUCAGUGACUACCUCAAGGAGUACCAUCCGAAUCCCCGGAUCACUACUAUACAAGAAGAUGAAGCACAGAGGCUUGAACUGCUCGAGGCAGCCAAUGACCCAACUUCUGCCUUUGCCCGAUCACUUGGCAUUCGAGAGAGCGCUCGCGUGGCCCAGAUCCGUUUGGACAACGACUCCCGUGUUCGACGAGCCCUACUACAUCAGUCCACGCCUACAAGAGGCCCAUAUCCGAUUGGGAGCUAUGUCUACUUCUACCGUGCACAAGGAUCAGCAGCUCACCAAUCUCGAGGGCACGCUCGAAACUACAGAUGGUUUGGCCCCGCUCGUGUGAUCGGCAUUGAAGCUAGAAAUCAAAGGAGAGCUGAAGAUCCAGAACCUCUCACUGAAGGCGGCCAACCUCAUGCAUACUGGCUUCGCUAUGGCCCCUUCGUGGUACUGGUGACUGGAGAACAGCUGAGGUUCGCAAGUGAAGAUGAACUACUUGCUGCACAUCUCCUUCCAGAAGAGAUCAUGCACCCUGCUGCCGUUCGUGGAGCACGAAACUACACUGACCUCAGAGGGCAUGCUGCAGUACCUCUUCAAGAUCAAGCACCCGCAUUGCAGUUCAGUCCAGAAGGCAGUGGCGGCGCAUCAUCAGCCAGCCGACCUGCCCCUGCAGCAAAUGUCCCUGGUCAACAACCGGAACAAGUGCCAUCAGAUCCUCAAGUACCAAUGCUACAGCAGCCACUUCCAACGCUGCAGAGCGCACUUGAUGCCGUGAACCAGGCACCACGAGACGCAGCUGAACCUGAACCAGCUCCACUACCAAUGUCGACACCAACUCCGUCCACGCCUCCAUCACAAGAGGUUUCAAGACGGCCAAGUGAAAUUCUCCCACAAGCAGCCGAAAUGCCGGCACCUUCAACUCGUCUACAAGAUGCUCUACGAAACCCAGACCGGCUAGAUUCGCGCCAGUACCGUCCAGUCCGGACAGAGUACCAGCCGGCACCAGGUCCAUACUUCACCGAUGAAGUUCCAUGGAACUGUCCAGAUCUGCCCUACACGAUCCGACUUCAUCAACUACGACACCUGAAUGAUGAGCAGAUCAACAUCUUGAAGGAGUAUGGUGCUGAACUGUCAUCGGAGGAGGAAAACGACACCUUCCCGGUCGUGGAAUCUCCAGCAGACUGCUUUCUCACUGGAAAGGCCGCAUCUACUGAGAUCUCCUUCAAGAACCUCAACGAAGAAGAUCGCCAAAAGUUCCAGGCCUCUAUGCAGAAGGAAUGGGAUUCCUGGACCAAGUUUGGCGCUGUGGAGAUCCUGACCCGUGACCAGAUCGAGAACCUCCCUGAAGAUGCUCAGAUCAUCGGCACUCGAUGGGUCCACGUUGACAAGAACAGCAAACCACGCCUUCUCGCGAAGGCCAUGCAGAAGAAGACCGGCAAGUCUGAUGCCCAGAUCAAGAAGGAGUUCCCCUUCCAAGCCAAGAGCAGGCUUGGGAUCAGUCGCCUGCUGUUGUUGAAGCCUCCUCGCCCUCCACCGCCAGGAGUCAGCCCUCACGAUCUUUUCCGUGCACUUGGCUCCAUCUACGGCACCAAGGACGCUGGCCGAUCAUGGUGGCGCAAGCUGUUCAGAACUUUGAAGUCACAUGGAUGGAGAAUGUCAAAACUGGAAGCAGCUUUGUUUUUGCUGGUCGUUGAUGGCAAUCUCCAGGGAGUCCUCUGCACCCAUGUUGAUGAUUUGCUUUGCGCCGGUGUUGGCGCUGUCUAUGAGCAGAGCAUUGCCUCCAUGGAGAAAGAGAUCCACCUAAAGGUCCAGCACAAGGCCUUCCGUUUUUGUGGAAAGAACCUCCGUCAAGGUGAUGACCACACCAUCGAGGUUGACCAGUUCGACGCCAUUGAGAGUGUGGACUACAUGCCACUUGACCGCCACCGCAGGUCGAUGGUGAAUGCCCCCUUGACACCAGAGGAGAUCACCUCCUUCCGAGGACUGAUCGGGCAACUUGGCUGGGUGGCACGUCAGACCAGGCCUGACGUCAUGGUCAAUGUGUCGAUGGCCGCACAGUCGAUGGGAUCUCCAAAGAUCCGUGAUGUGGUGAACCUCAACAAGACGGUCAAGAUGCUCAAGGAGACCUCUGAGGCAACAUGGCGCUUUGUGGCGCACCCGAAGCUGAAGUUGAAUGAUGCGCUGGUCUGCGUUUUUGCAGAUUCCAGCUUCGCCAACACCGAGGGUCUCAAGAGCCAGUGCGGCUAUGUGGUGACCAUCGCCCUGCCAGAGAUUCGUGAAGGUGGCCCCACUCCCUUGUUUGUGCUUGAGACCUACAGCGGGUCCAUCAAGCGUGUGUGCCGAAGCACCUUGGCAGCCGAAUCCAACGGAUUCCUCACUGGAUGUGAAGCUGGAGAGUAUGUCCGUGCUCUCUUGAUGGAGUUCCAGCACCCCACUGAGGAUUUCAACACCUUGGAGCGCGAGUACGCCAAGUCCAAGCUCCUCU